CUACCUACCUGCCAACAGUCCCUUCCUGUCAUUUUAAACUGGGAUAAGCCAUCUGUCAGCAUCCUCAUCUCUACAAGGGCAACAACAUGCUCUUUCCCUUCCCUGGGACAACGACGGCAUCCAACCUGAGGAUAAAGUGAUUGGAAAUUUUGGGAGGGGAAAACGGUCGUCUCAUCUUCUUCACAGUCUACUGAGACAGACAAACCACCAGAAAUGGAGCAACAAAAAAAGACCAUCUCAAUCCCCAUGAUACCCCUGGCACAGCAGCCGGAACCCUAUGCACCAGGAUAUUCAUCACCACACCCACCACAGUCAUCAUACAACCCGGAACCUUACGCCCAGGAGCCCUAUGCACCAGAUCCAUUCUGGCCAGAACCUUCUACUUCAUCAGGUGGCUAUGGCUAUUACGGAAAAAGUGGCGAUGGCUGUGACUGUCUGUCUCCACCACCAUAUUCAUGUCAAGAUGUCCCUUGUGAUCAAGUAGGACCAAUUGAAAUGGACUCUGGUCCUCCGGUCGUGGUUGCGGGAAUCUUCUCGAGCAAGCCAGCGUCCACCAUCUGCCCUUGCUGCCGCCAAAUCAUUGCGACGGAGGUCGUCUAUCGUGUGGGCUCUCUGACAUAUAUAGCUUGCAGUGCUGUGUGUCUGAUGGGAGGCUGCAUGGGCUGCUGCCUCAUACCUUUCGUGACGAAGUGUUGCAAGGACGUCGACCAUUACUGCCCUAAAUGCAGGUACCACAUCUACCGAUACAAGAGACUAUAGACGCCUGGAAGAAAAGCCAUUUGAGGCCAACUCGCAGGAAAUCAAGCUGGAAGAGAAUCUUCUUUCCUUCGGUGAAUUCAUGCAUUGACUCUUGGGACUGUUCCGGGUGCAGAAUUGCUCAGCAAUUUCCCACUCCUGCCAGCUUUUCAGUUAAGCUUGCCUGGAAUGUGGUUGCUGCAGCCUCUUUGCCCCUGCUGACCCCAGAAGGAUGAAGCAGGAAGAGGCUGUUGGUAGGUUGGUCAACAGCUUGUGUGUGGAACAUCUUGGCUUUUUGCAUGGGCUUUGGAAUCGGGCAUCCCUUGAUUUCAUACUUGCCUUGCAUCCUUGUUAGCCUUAGUCCCUGAACCAAGCACAGCCAUUCUUAGCCUGUGGCCCUGUUGAUCAUGCACAAACUCCCAAUUCAGAAAUUGCACAAGAACCUUUUGCACCCGUUUUCCUGAAGUUCCUUUUAGAACAAACCUAUUUCUGUGACUGUAAGUUGUUUUGCAGCCCUCCAGGUCUCUCCAUCUGCCCCUUGAGACUCUCCCCAGACCACACC